AUGGAUCCGCCGCCGUCAAUAUCCCCGAAGCGCAAGCAAAUGCCCAUGGCCAACAUCUUUGGCGCAAAGACGCCGGCCCCUCCUUCCUCCGCGAUACCCUCAUCUUCGCCCGCAUUUGGCACCCCAGUUCACCCCCUGAAGCCGUUCAAGGUUUCAGCGCCUUCGAAGCAUGCGAUUCUCCCAAUUAUACUCCCGCCAGCCACCCUCCGACCCUUGGCAUUUCGGACCUUCACCAAGAAACACAGCUUGACGCUGACCUCGAGCGCUCUCCAAGAGCUUGCAACCUUUAUCGGCCGACAUUGUGGCUCAGCAUGGCGGGAGGAAGGUCUAGCAGAGAAGGUGUUGGAAGAGGUGGCCAAGUCUUGGAAGAAUCGCAAUGGCGGGGUCAUUGUCGAUGGCGCCAGCCCAGAGCUUAAGGAUAUCCUGAAGACCUUGGAGGGAAAUAUGAGCGGGGGCAAGAUCGUGACUGGCGCAAGGGGUCUGAGUCGACAGAAUAGUCUUCUGAUCGAGCCGGGACAAGAUGCGGACAUGUCGAACGCGAGGCUAGGAUUGCGGCCAGUACAAUCGUCUUUGGUACGGGAGGAUAGCCAACAGAGCUUCGGCAUGUCCAGUCUUGGUGUGGAGGAGGAAGACGACGAAGAAAACAUCAGAGAUCCUCGGAAAUGGCUCAACGUUAUUGACGCAUACCAACAACCGAGGUUCUCUUACAAUGUUGCCAAGAAGCAUUUCGAAAGGUAG